AUGAAUUCCAACCUUUUCACAAAGGCCGCCGCGCCUGCGCGAGUGAUUGCGCAUGCCAAGUUUGGUGGUCAACCAAAGAUCCGACAAUGCCUGAACAAAGGAGCAAAGCUUCAUACAGCUGCUUUUCGCACCAGUCCCCGUGAAAAAUGCACACGGGUGAAGCGAAACAUCAUUCCAUCAACUAAGAGAUUCUUCCACAGCACUGAUUCUCUGUCCCAAAAAGACCCGUACAAAGCUCUUGGCGUAAGCAAAUCAGCGUCUGCCUCAGAAAUCAAGAAGGCCUAUUAUGGCUUGGCGAAGAAAUUUCAUCCCGAUACGAACAAGGACCCAAAUGCGAAGGAGAAGUUUGCCGAUGUCCAAUCAGCAUAUGAGAUUCUGUCCGACCCGAAGAAGAAGGAACAGUAUGAUCAAUUUGGUGCUGCCGGCUUUGACCCUAGCGGCGCACCAGGAGGAGACCCAUUCGGAGGAGCUGGCAACCCGUUUUCUGGCUUUGGGGGGCAAGGUGGCUUCGGUUCGCAGGGUGGCUUUGGCGGAGGCUUCAACUUUGAGGACAUUUUUUCGGCAUUUACUGGCCAGCAGGGUCCUUUUAGCGGUCGACGAGGCGCACGGUCGAAUCCUUUCCAGCAAGAAAUCCUUGUCGGCGAUAACAUUGAGGUGCAAGCCAGCAUAACUUUCAUGGAGGCUGCGAAGGGCACUAGUAAAACAAUUAGUAUUACUCCAUUGACGGCUUGUGGGACGUGCACUGGUAGUGGACUGAAAGCUGGCACACAACGCUCGCCUUGCAAGUCAUGUAAUGGCACUGGCACUCGAUUGCACUUUAUGCAAGGCGGCUUCCAGAUGGCUUCGACUUGUGGAACUUGCGAAGGCACGGGCACAACUAUUCCAAAGGGUUCCGAGUGUCGAACUUGCUCCGGCAAUGGUGUUGUUAGGGAACGAAAGACCAUCACCAUCGAUAUUCCUGCGGGCAUUGAGGAUGGCAUGCGGUUGCGCGUGGACGGCGCCGGAGACGCCCCGCCAACAGGAAAGACUGCCGACCCGAACGCCAGGACUCAGCGUGGAGACUUGUAUGUUUUCGUUCGUGUGGCUAAGGACCCCAAAUUCAGUCGCGAGGGCUCCAACAUACUAUAUACCGCCAAUAUUCCUCUUACCACGGCCUUGUUAGGUGGCCAGGUCAACAUCCCGACACUCGACGGCUCAGUCAAUGUCAAGGUCGCCACGGGCACCAACACUGGCGAUAAGAUGACGCUCACUGGCAUGGGGAUGAAGAGAUUGGGUGCCCGAAGAGGCGGAGCUGGUGACCUCAGGGUCGAGUUCCGCGUGAACAUGCCCAAGUAUCUCAGCGCAAACCAGCGGACCAUUGUUGAGAUGCUUGCCGAUGAGAUGGGUGACAAGACGGCUCGACGAGUGAUGAAUGUCUCGUCAACAUCAAACAACGACGCAUCAAACCCAGAUUCACAUAAGAACGAAGGGUUUCUAAAGUCCAUGUGGCACACACUUACAAACCACCCAGCACAUCAAAAAGAAGGCGAUGAAAAGUCGAGCGCCGACAAGCCCGAUGCCAAGAAGGACUCUAAGCCCGACAAUAAGGAUAACAAGCCAAAAGACGAGCCUAAAAAGUCGGAUUCUGGACCAGCCUAA